AUGCUCUACUCCACCACCGCUAAGCUUGCCCUUGCGGCCAUGACCGCCGGCAUUGCCCAGGCCAAGUACACCAUCGAAUCCACCUUCGAUGCCUCCAACUUCUUCGACGAGAUGAACUUCUUCUCUGCCUCUGACCCAACCAACGGCCACGUCAACUACGUGGACCGGGCUACUGCCGAGAGCCUCGGCCUUGCCGCGAUCAAGAACGGCGCCGUCUACAUGGGCGCUGAUUACGCCGAGACCAACCCAUCUGGUGGACGCAAGUCCGUCCGCGUCGCCACGAAAAAGGCAUGGACUCACGGUCUCUUCAUUGGAGACUUUGCUCACAUGCCUGCUGCAUCGUGUGGCACGUGGCCUGCCUUCUGGAGCACGUUAGAGGCUGACUGGCCCAACUCUGGCGAGAUCGACAUCUUGGAGGGUGUCUCCACCCAGGAGUCGACCGCGGUUACCCUACACACCAGCCAGGGCUGCACAAUCAACAACGACGGCACUGACUCUACCACCACCCUCAAGGGGACCGACUGUGGCGCCUCCGGGGCCUCUGUCGGCUGCUCCCAGAUGACCUCCAACACCCAGAACUACGGAGACGGCUUCAACGCCAUCGGCGGCGGCAUCUACGCCAUGGAGUGGAACAGCGACUUCAUCGCCGUCUGGUUCUUCCCCCGCAGCUCCAUCCCGGCCGACAUCACUGCUGGCAGCCCCGACCCUACUACCUGGGCUAAGCCCGCCGCCAAGUUCAACGGCGGCAGCGGCUGCAACAUCGACAGCUACUUCAAGGAGCACAACGUCAUCUUCACCAACACCUUCUGCGGCGACUGGGCCGGCGCUGUCUGGAACGAGAACGCAGAGUGCUCCGCCCUCGCCUCCACCUGCGUCGACUACGUGAGCAACAACCCCGCUGCCUUCAAGGAUGCCUACUGGCUCGUCAACUCCGUCAAGGUCUACACCGAGGGCGGCGACUCCCCGAGCCCUUCCUCAUCCUCAACCCCUUCCGCCAGCUCCCCCUCCACCCCCAAGCCCACCACUUCGGGAACUCCCAUCUCCAGCGUCCCGGUCGUCUCGAGCGCUCCUGUCUCCAGUGCCCCCGUCGUCAGCGCUACCUCUGCUCCCCGGCCCACCCGCACCUGGUCCUGGGGAGGCCGACCCAACUUCACCAGGUCGGCCCAGGCUUAA